UGAACAAACAAUGGCCAGUAAUCAUAAAUCUUCAGCAGCUCGCCCUGUUUCACGAGGUGGGAUUGGGCUGACAGGAAGACCUCCUUCUGGAAUACAACCCCCGUCAGGAAAUAUUCGAGUGGCAACUGGAAUGCUACCUGGAACAGCAAGACCAGGCUCUCGUGGUGGGCCUGUUGGGACAGGAGGAGUUCUGUCUUCUCAAAUCAAAGUUGCAGAUCGUCCUGUAACACAACAGGGUUUGAGUGGAAUGAAAACUGGAAUGAAAGGUCCUCAGAGACAAAUUUUAGACAAAUCUUACUAUCUUGGGCUUCUUAGGAGUAAAAUAAGUGAACUUACAACUGAAAUUAAUAAACUUCAGAAAGAAAUAGAAAUGUACAAUCAAGAGAAUUCAGUAUAUUUGUCAUAUGAAAAGAGGGCUGAAACUUUAGCUAUUGAAAUCAAAGAGUUUCAAGGACAACUAGCAGACUACAACAUGUUGGUAGAUAAACUUAAUACUAAUACUGAGAUGGAAGAAGUAAUGAAUGAUUACAAUAUGCUUAAAGCUCAAAAUGAUCGUGAAACACAAAGUAUGGAUGUCAUAUUUACUGAAAGACAAACGAAAGAAAAACAAAUUAGAAAUGUAGAAGAAGACAUUGAACAGGAAAAACAAUCAGCAGAUGGCAUUAUCAAAAAUAUGUCUCCUGAAAAACAAGUUAGGUACACAGAGAUGAAAACUACAAAUGAGAAAUUGUUGCAGGAAUUAGAUACACUUCAACAACAACUAGAUUCACUGAACAUGAAAAAAGAGAGCCUGGAAGCUGAAAUAGCACACUCCCAGGUAAAACAGGAGGCUGUAUUGCUGCAUGAAAAACUUUAUGAGUUAGAAUCUCAUCGAGAUCAAAUGAUUGCAGAAGACAAAAGCAUGGGCUCUCCAAUGGAAGAGAGAGAAAGAUUACUUAAACAGGUUAAAGAAGAUAACCAGGAAAUAGCCAGCAUGGAGAGACAGUUAACAGAUAUAAAAGAAAAAAUAAAUCAGUUUAAUGAAGAAAUUAGACAACUUGACAUGGAUUUAGAAGAACACCAAGGUGAAAUGAAUCAGAAGUACAAGGAGCUGAAAAAAAGAGAGGAAAAUAUGGACACGUUUAUUGAGACUUUUGAGGAAACUAAGAAUCAGGAAUUGGAACGGAAGGCACAGAUAGAAGCCAGCAUUGUUGCACUUUUGGAGCACUGUAGUCGAAAUAUAAAUCGAAUGAAGCAGAUAUCCUCCAUCACCAAUCAGGAGCUGAAGAUGAUGCAAGACGACCUCAACUUUAAAUCGUCUGAAAUGCAGAAAUCACAAAGUACCGCUAGGAAUUUGACUUCAGAUAGUCAACGCCUGCAGUUGGAUCUACAGAAAAUGGAGCUCCUCGAAAGUAAGAUGACUGAGGAACAACAUUCUCUAAAAAAUAAAAUUAAGCAAAUGACAACUGAUCUAGAGACAUACAAUGAUUUGCCAGCUUUGAAACUGUCAGGUGAAGAAAAGAAAAAGAAACUACAUCAGGAGAGAACAGUAUUAUCAACUCGUAGAAACGCCUUUAAAAAAAUAAUGGAGAAGUUAAAUACAGACUAUGAGGCACUGAAAACACAAUUGCAGGAAAAUGAGACACAUUCUCAGCUUACAAAUUUGGAGAGGAAGUGGCAACACCAUGAGCAAAAUAACUUUGUGAUGAAAGAAUGUAUCCUUUAUAAAGCUAUGAAAAGGAACUUAACUGAGUGA